CUCAUCAUCAACUUCUCACUCUCUAAUCUCUUCUUCCAAACCAGUUAUCCGCAAAAACAAUGGCAAAACUCAUCACAACAUUCUCCGACUCUGUCGUAGCGCUCUCAGCUUUCUUCUUCUUCUUCUUCCUUCAUCACUGCCCUCUUCGAGCAAAUGCAGCCAAGUAUGACGUCGUGGAGUUAGGAGCCAUCCCGGGUGGCAAGACUGACUCUUCCGAGGCUUUCCUCCAAGCAUGGAAGUCAGCAUGCGGGUCCAAGGGGCCAGCCACCAUCUACGUUCCGAGUGGAAGGUUUCUGAUAGAGAAGCCGCUUGAAUUCACCGGCCCUUGCAAGGGUGGCCCCAUCGGCAUUCGUAUCGAUGGGACAUUGGUGGCUCCAUCCGAUUACAAGGUGAUUGGGGGUGCGUAUAGUUGGUUGUCAUUCCGGGGUGUGGACGGGGUCUCACUUUCAGGAGGAACGCUUGAUGGGCAAGGCACCGGGUUGUGGAAAUGCAAGGACUCUUCCGAUAGUGAUUGCCCUACAGGAGCAUCGACACUGCUCUUCACCAAUUCAAAGAAUAUAAUAAUCAGUAGAUUAUCAUCCCUAAACAGUCAGAUGUUCCACAUCGUAAUCAACAACUGCAAGAAUGUGAAGGUGCAAGGAGUGAAGAUCUUGGCCGACGGGGAGAGCCCCAACACGGACGGCAUUCACAUCCAAAAAUCAUCUGAUGUGACAAUCUUGAGCUCAAAGAUUGCGACUGGUGAUGACUGCGUCUCCAUCACGCAGGGGACGUCGAAUGUGUGGGUCGAGAAUGUUCUUUGCGGACCUGGGCACGGGAUCAGCAUUGGCAGCCUCGGGAAGGACCUAGAAGAAGAUGGCGUGCAAAACGUGACAGUUACAUCAGUAACGCUGAAAGGGACCACGAACGGGGUGAGGAUUAAGUCCUGGGGCCGGCCUAGCAACGCAUUCGCGAAGGACAUCCGGUUUCAGCACGUAGUCAUGUCUAAUGUCCAGAACCCGAUUAUCAUCGACCAGAAUUACUGCCCCGACAACGAGAACUGCCCCGGUCAGGAUUCGGGUGUGGAGGUCAGCAACAUAACUUAUGAAGACAUUCAUGGGACAUCGGCCACCCAAGUGGCACUGAAAUUCGACUGCAGCAGUGCAACCCCAUGCACCGGGAUACAGCUGAAAGACGUGAAGCUCACCUACAAGAACCGGCCGGCGGAAGCAUCGUGUGUUAAUGCCGAUGGAACAGCUAAGGGGGUCAUUCAGCCUGCUAACUGCCUGGGACAGUAAAGCACUAGAGAAUACUUGAAACAUAUAUGGUGCUAGCUCAUAUGUAUCGACCUGAUAUAUAUAAUAGGCAUAUGGUCCAACCACUGUAUAUCAACAUAGGGUUGUUACAGUUUAAACCUGUCGCAUGAACCGGUGGUGAUGUAUAUGCGCCCGAUCCUGCGAGUAGCUAGCUUCGGACAAGUACUUGUAUAACUUUUAGUAAGACAUCUAGCUAGUCUCUCGUGAUAAUGUUCUAUUCAUAUAUAUGCAAUAUGGGACAUUUC